AUGUCUACCGCCCAGGGCUCCCAAGAUCGCGCCGCAGUGGAUGCCGCGGGCGCGGCCUCCUAUUGGCGUGGCCGCCGUGUGCGGCAGGAGGAGGAGUUGAACUUGCCGUCCCCGGAGAUCGAAAUCGGGGAGAAUGGCAGCAUGACCAUUGAAUACAAUGGCUACGAAUUGGUUCAAGAAUGUCUUGAAUACUACGUGGACAAGAGUCUGGAGGCAAAGAACCAACAGCGUGUCUACGAACAGGAGUUUGAAGCUUUGAAGGAGCGAAGAAAUUCGUUGGAGCAGCACCGACCACGGGCUGUGCUGGUAUACUUACUCAUGGAAAAUGCCGACCGAAGCCUCCACUUGGACCUGGCCUUGUCCUUGCGCUGUUUGGCCAAGUUCUUCUGGCACUAUCCGGUGGUGAUCUUCCACAGCAACAGCAGCAGCCCUGCGGAGCUCCGUUGGUUGAGCUCGGCAGUGCCGGAGCACUUGAAGAUCUCCUUCGAGGAGGUGUCUGUGGGUUUCCCUUCGGAAAUGAUGGACUAUCCCGGAGGGCCUGAUGCGUUUCUGAAGCCGCCUCUAUGCAUGUUGGAUGAUCAAUAUUGGUGGCUGAGCGAUCGCAGUUGCGGCUGUCGCUGUCCUGCCUGGCGACCUCAAUGCUGGCCGGUGAAUUGGAUGCACGCCGCUCAUUUCUUCACCGCUGGCAUGUUCCGCACCAAGACCUUCCAACAAGGUGGCUACGACUACUUCUUCCGUGUGGACACGGACCUUUUCUUCGUGGAAGCGCCGGUGGUCGACCCCUUCAAAUUGAUGGCUGAGAUGGGGUGCUUGAUGGUCUACGACAAGCUGUCGCGGGAAGCCCCUGGCUGCUACGACGACUUCGAUCUGCGGAGCUCGGAGUUCCUUGAGGACAUCAGAUAUGUUGGACGUCCCGACCUGGACGUUCUCCUGGUAGGGAAGGGGCCAGCAGCUGCGGGUGGACAGUGGACCAUUGGAGACGCGCGAUUCUUUACCUCUGAUCUGUACUUAAAGUUCGCAGAUUACAUGGUCAGUGGAAUCUAUGCACAUCGCUGGUCCGAGCAGAUCAUCCUGCUCCGCAGUGCUGCACUCUUCGGUCCCCGAGCAGACCUUCGCAAGUCGCUGGAGGAUGCGCCAGCGGUGUCCUUGUGCACCACGCCUUUGUUCCCAGAAGGCACCUCCAGUGAGGGUGGCUCCCCCGGCCUUGUUCAUUUGAAGGGCGGCUUUCGUCAGCAGCACUUGUUGAAGACCUGCGCAGCUGAAGGGCUUUUCCCUUGA